UUUAUCUUCUCUCUCUUCGCCUUCCAAUUUACGGUUCAGGGCGGCAAGCAUACCCUUCAAGCUUACCAUGGCCGAUGCCCUUCUCCCUUCCCUCCCGCCCGUUUUAUUCUCUUCCGAGCCCUGGCUUCCUCAACUCAUCCCUCUUCUCCGCUCGUCUAAGCCCCUCCGCCUCUCCUCUUCCCUUUCCUCGUCGUCGAUUUCUCUCAGCAAGAAGCCCCCUUUUCUUCCCCUCGUGACCCGGACCUCACGCUGGGAUUUCCAGAAGGGGCUUGACUUGGGAGUCACACCUGUGCUCGAGGAAUUAGCCGGAGAAGAAGAGGAGCAGACCGAGAAGCCUGGGACAAUCGCCCAGGGUUUGGACGGGUUUGUAGAGAACCCAAAGGAGGAGGAUCCUUACGCUGCUCCACCGGACAAGAUCAAGCUCUACGUCGGAAACCUCCCCUACAAUGUGGACAGCCAGAAGCUCUCCCAGCUCUUCGAGAAUGCUGGCGCCGUUGAGGUCGCCGAGGUAAUUUACAAUCGGUUGACUGGCCAGAGUCGUGGCUUUGGAUUUGUGACCAUGAACACUGCUCAAGAAGCAGAGAAAGCUGUGAAAAUGUUUAAUAACUAUGAAUUUGAUGGCAGGCUUUUGUCUGUAAACAAAGCAGCUCCCAAGGGACCCCAUGGGAAUUCUGAAAGAUCUUUUAGAAUAUUUAUCGGCAGUUUGCCUUCGACAAUGGAUGAUGACCGUUUGGAACUACUAUUUAACGAACAUGGAAAAGUGCUGGAAGCAAAAGUGAUAUACGACAACGAUACUGGACUCUCACGUUGUUAUGGCUUUGUGAAAAUGGCAUCACAGUCUCAAAGGGAUGAUGCGAUUGCUGCUCUUAAUGGGCAGAGUUUGGACGGUCAUACAUUAAAAGUUAAAGUUGCAGAGCCACAAAGAAGAAACUUUGUUCUUUAAUUUUGAAGAGCCAAGAACUGUUUCGUCGGAAAAGAGAAAUCCUGUCGACAAAAUACUUAAUGAGGUUCAAUGUGCCUAUCUAUCAAUUUUGUUAACCCUCCUAUCAAUUAGGGUUAAACUUAAACAUUGGUCUUGUAUCGUUAUUGUUUUAUUUACUACAUGUCAAAGCAUGUUUGCCUUGUCCAUUA